AUGGAUUAUUGUGGAGAGUCAAACGUGUAUACCUUGGGUACUAUUGGCGCUCAUCGCGUGGUUACCACCAAAUUGCCAUCCGUGGGACGAACCCGGGAAGCAAUGACUGCUGCUGGAAAUACUACUACCAGAUUGCUUGGAAUAUUCCAAAAGGUGGAGUACGUAUUCUUGGUUGGCGUUGGUGGUGGUGUACCUCACUAUACGGAUUAUAAGAAACACGUGCGCCUUGGUGACGUCGUUGUUUCCACUCCUGCGCAGGAUUUGCCGGAUAAAUAUGUAUAUGUAUUCUGCGAAAAAGCAGAGCGUAACGAGAAAGGCGGGUGGGACUACGAAGUAAAGCCAUACAAACCAGUGAACUUCCUCUUGCAAGAACUAGCUCAGAGAAUUGCUCACUCGAAUGGCCUUUGGACUACAUAUGUACAAGAAGGUCUACAGCGUCUUAAAGACCUGCCAGGUCGCUGGGAGGCGCCAGAGCAAGGCACAGAUCGCCUCUGCGUUGAUGUAGGAGAUGGAGCAUUUAUAGAAGUGUCGCAUCCUGCACCAGCCGGUGAACAAAUCCGCGAAUCCCGCGUGCAUUGUGCACCAGUAGCGGGUGGACGUGCGGUCUCGUGCGGGGGAGAAGUGAGGGCCGCGUUCGCCAACCACGCGCGCGCUUUGGCUUAUGAUUGCGAACUCGACGCCGUCUUGGACAGCGUCGUUGGCAAUCGGAAGGAUUGCUUUAUAUCUAUUAGAGGUAUAUCUGAUUAUCGCGACGGCACACGUGGAAAAGAAUGGCAACCCCAUGCUGCUCUUACGGCUGCCGCUGUCAUGAAAACUAUUAUCGCUGCCAUGGAACCACCCACAGACUAA